UUUUUUACAAAGCAAAAAUAUGUAACCGACAAAAAAAAGUUAUGAGCCUUUUUUGUAUGUAUCCGUCGGAUAUGUGAUUUUUAAGUCGCGCUGCAUGUUUAUACAUUUCCCGAGUAAAAUUUAUAUAUUUUUUAUUGUUUAUUGUUUUUGAAGUGGCGGGGAAUUUUAGACAAAUUAAACAUGCUUCUGUGCUUCGCCUUAUAAGCAUCCAAGGAGCUGCGCUUCCCAAUCAAUUGGUACAGUCAAGCAGCAGCAGGCAGGCAGCAGCGGCGGCGUCACAGUGGAGACCCUCAGUCUCGCUUCAUUUCUGGAUAUAGGGGGACAUCUCUACAAUGUCAUAUCCACAAUUAGGAUAUCCAUAUUCGUCUGCUCCACAAUUCCUAAUGACAAGCAACUCUCUGACCACUUGCUGCGAGUCCACUGGCAGAUCCAUCGCCGACUCCGGAGUGGCCGCGUCCGGCCAGACGCCCGUCUACUGCCCGGUGUACGAGAGCCGGCUGCUGGCCACCGCCAGGCAUGAGCUCAGCUCGGCCGCUCUGGGGGUGUACGGGAGCCCCUACACCGGCGCUCAAGGAUACGGCAACUACGUUACUUAUGGAACAGACGCCUCUGCUUUUUACUCGCUGGGUACAUUUGACACAAAAGAUGCCACCGCCUCUGCACAUGCAGGAAUAACCCAAGCGACAGCCUACUAUCCCUAUGAUCCAACCUUGGGACAGUAUCAGUAUGACAGAUAUGGUUCCAUGGAUGGAGGACCAAGGCGGAAGAACGCCACACGUGAGACAACCAGCACCCUGAAGGCCUGGCUGCAGGAGCACAGGAAGAACCCUUACCCCACCAAAGGCGAGAAGAUCAUGCUGGCCAUCAUCACCAAGAUGACUCUAACACAGGUGUCCACUUGGUUCGCCAACGCCAGGAGGAGGUUGAAGAAGGAGAACAAGAUGACAUGGCCGCCCAGGAAUAAGGGUUCAGAGGAGAAGCGAUACGACGAUGACGAUGACGGCUCUCAAGAGGAGCCGAUAAAAAGCGAAAGUAAUGAAAAUGACAGUCGAGGUCGAUCCAGUAAAGAUCUCCAGCUGAGCGACCUGGAAGAUUUCGACACCCUGGAGUCCGAGAGUUCGGAGUGUGAAUUAAAGCACAGAUACCACAUGAACCCUCACAUGACGACCACCGGCGACUGCCCCGCCGAGCACCUCAUCAAGGACGUGUCUAUGAAAAUCUCAGGUCCCGUUUCCCUCGCUGCAGGGGAGCAGGACUUGAGCAAAAGUUGCCUCAAAACGAACCAGGAGGAGCCCAAGUCGUGUUACAGCCAACAGCCGCAGCAUCACAUAUUAGACGGGAAACCCCGGAUCUGGUCUUUGGCGCAGACUGCGACGUCCUUGGUCCAGACUGAGUAUCCGUCAUGUAUGUUGCGGUGCCAACCCCCGCCCCCCUCCUCCCUCAGCCCGCCACCUGCUGCUACCUCGCCGGCCUCCGGCUUGGACCACAGGCAGGACUCGCCCGUCACCACACUGAGGAACUGGGUGGACGGGGUCUUCCACGACCCUUUGUUUAGGCACAGCACUUUGAGCCAGGCACUGACCCACACCACCGUCUCCUGGAGCAGCGACACCCCAAAAGGACCCCUCCUGGAUGCGGAGAAGAACAGCCCUGGGGGGCUCCAGCAGAACCAGGAGGGGUCCAAAGACAGUGCAAUGACUUUCCCCAAAAACAUGAACAAACUCUUCUGCUCGUAACAACACCAAGUUGGACGCUUUAUUUUGAAAGGACGGAUUCAUCUCGUUGUCUGUUACAUCCUGUAACAUAAUUGAACUGAAAUUUCGUUCACAUGUUUUUUUUUUGUUUUUUUUGUUAUCAACGCACGCACACACUUGUAUAAUAAUAAUAUGUUUACAUAUUGGGAAAAAAAAAUCCCCGAGGUUUACAGUAUUUAUUUAUUUGACUUUAUUUCGUGUUAGCAUGCAUAAAUACCUUAAAUAAUUUGGAAAUCACUAUGAAAUAAAAAAGAAAAAAGAAAAUGGGUAUCACGGAAGCACAGCUUCAACAUUGUUCAUUGAAAAUAAAACUAAAUGCCUUUUUUGGGGAGAGCUAGGGUGGCAUUCCUUUAGCGUUGCUGUCCAGGGUGCUGGAAACUAAUAUGAUUUUGACAGUGCAUCUCAAUAAAUGGUUUCGUGGAAAAAAAUAUUUUAUUUUAGUAG